CGUCCUACCGCUACGUCACGGCCACAAUUCCUCGCGAAAAUCACGCGGAGCAGUUCCGAAUACUACGUGACUGCAUGCCUAUGAAAAAAAAAACUUUUUAUUUUUUAUUUUCGAGUAUUUACUUGCCAGUGAGUUGGGAGAUGUGAAGAGGAUUAAAAUUUGACAGUUUUCGAAAGAUUUUGUGAAGUUUUUGAAUUGGCGGGUGUCGGGUUGAUGUGUGCGAGCGAGAGGGGCGAUAUGGAGAGCUCGGGCGAGGAAACGGGACGGAGCGCUCCCCCCGCGCCGCACGCCCCCGCCCCGCUGCCCAACGGGUCCAAUAAGAUCAUCGGACGCAACGUGAAUGGAACCAUGGUGGUGACGUCGGCCCCAGCCAACGAGGCCGAGCUUCAGCUGUACCGCGUGAUGCAGCGCGCCAGUUUACUAGCCUACUACGACACGCUGCUCGAAAUGGGUGGGGACGACGUCCAACAGCUGUGUGACGCCGGCGAGGAGGAGUUCUUGGAGAUCAUGGCUCUAGUGGGCAUGGCCUCCAAGCCGCUCCACGUCAGGCGCCUCCAGAAAGCCCUUCAGGAGUGGGUCAACAACCCCGCUCUCUUUCAAAUACCCAUCGUUCCCAACCUCUGCCCCGCAGAAAACCCCUUCAUCCAGUGCAACCAAAGAUUACUCAACAUUCCUCCUUCAAUACCCAACGUUUUACCCAGAACUGUAGCGUCACCAGAUAAUAAUAGGCCAAUGUACAGUCCAUCUCCUGGGGCUCCAGAGAACAGCUGCGGUUCGAACGCGUCAGGUCCCAACGCAAGUCCAGUCCACCAAACGAAUACCUUCACCAAAAUUGUCUUACCAACUUCUCCCGCGCCUGCUACUCCUAUAACCACUACAGCAUCCAGGUCCUUCUCCCCUCAAAGUGCGUGUCCACCAGCGUCUGCAGGCUCUAGUCCCAGCUCCGUCACAUCCCCAGUGCAGCUAACGCCAGUUUUAUUAGACGUUCAUGUACAGAAGUUGGCGGGUGCGGCCGAAAAGUUGAGCAAACAUUUGCCCCAACUGGAACCCAAGCCACAGAACACAAAAAAGAAGAUGUGCAAAGACCUGGAGCUGGUGAUGAUGAUGCCGGAGUCGGAUCCAAGGCGAAUGGAGGAGAUCAGGAAGUACGCGGCGAUAUACGGCAGAUUCGACUGCAAGAGGAAGCCAGAGAAACCUUUGACGCUUCACGAGGUGAUGGUGAACGAGGCGGCGGCGCAAAUCUGCCGCUGCGUGCCGGCGCUGCUGACGCGGCGCGACGAGCUGUUCCCGCUGGCCCGGCAACUCGUGCGCAGGGCUGGCCUGCACUACUCGAAACACGGGCUUCCCCCAACCGCGUCGACGGGCGAGGAACGUGAGCGAGACGAGGACGAGACGCCUGCGAAGCGCGCGCGCCAGGAAGGCGACGAAGCGGCGGGUGCUCGCGUCAGCCCCGACGCCGCGCGAAGCAACUCUAACCAUAGUUGCAGCUGGUGGGGCGUGAAAGCCGAGAGCGAUGAUGCAGACUCCAGGUGUUCGUACUCCAGCACCAGCACUCCUCCUCUUGACACCGAAGAGUCUCGGCCGCAGGUGGUGGCGGCGCGUGGAGACAGCAUCAUUGCCGUCGCCAACCCCGCGCUGCAGCCGCCGCACCCCGCGCGCAACCACUCCAACUGACUACCGCCCCCGCCCCGCCGCCCGUCCCCCUCGCCUUCCCCAUCCCCCUCUCUUACUUUAGUGGACCAGGAUAUGCCGCUGCAACUUACUACCAUUCAAAAUCGAAUAGACCAUCCUUUAGUGCUCCGGGAUAUGCCGCUCGAACUCACUACCGCUAAAAAACAAAAUGACCAUCUUUUAGUGUUCCCGAAUAUGCCGCUAGAACUCACCACCACUGAUCGAAGGACUCAACCUGUAGCGGACCGAGAUUCAAGUUCUUGCCCCGCGGACGAAGAUAUGCCGCUUCAACUCACUACCACUAAUCGAAGUACUAAAGCUCUUACUGAAAACGCUGAUAAGGAUAACUGACAGACGCUGCAAGAUUCCGAACCCCGCGUGAAAUCACUCCAACUGACUGUUGCCCCCGCCCCGCUGCCCCUCCCUUCCCUGUCCCCUUCUCCCUCCCUCUCCCUAUCCCGCUCCCUUUCUUUAUUUCACCAGGAUAUGCCACUUUAACUCACCACGACUGAUCGAAUUACUAAAGCUCUAACUGAAAACGCUGAUAACUGACAGACGCUGCAAGAUCCCGCCGCACCCUGCGUGAUGCCACUCCAACUGACAAUCCCCUUCCUCUCCCCUUCUCCCUCACUUUCUUUAUUGCACCAGGUAUGCAGCUUCAACUCACCACCAGUAACCGAAGUACCUACUCAAACUCUAAGUGGAAACGCUGAUAACUGACAGACGCUGUAAGAAUCUACACCCCGCGUUUAUCCACUCCAACUGACUGUUGUCCCCACCCCGUCGCCCCUUCCCCUCCCUUCCCUCUCUUUUACCCCUGACCAUUAGGACAUGACAGACAUCCAACUCACCACCAUUGAUCUAACAGCCCAACCCAUAACUGACCAAGAUACACCAAAAACUGUUUCAUAGAAAAACCCACUACCCAUUUGAAAUUGAUGACCUCGUCGAG